CAAAAUCCUCUGAAAUUGGCCCUAAAUUUCACCAAAAUCACAGUUAUAUCCACCAUUCAACACAAAAAAUCAGCGGCACUCGCAGGUACAGUGUUAUUUUUAUUCCCAACUUUCCCCUGGUCUUGGCUCUUUUCUCAAACCCCCCAAAGAACCCUCCCUUCUUUUCUUGUGGAUUUUGACCCUUCCAUUUUGGAAUUCAAAAUACAGGAUCCAUGAGGAAGUGGGAGCUGGGUUUCUUGUCUGGUAGUUAUGAGAUUGCAGAGGAAGAGUGGAUGAUGUCUGUUAUAAUUUAAUUAAAUUAGUUGAUUAAACCAAUCAUUAGAUAGUUUUUUUGCGUGUGUGUCUGAAACCGAUUCAACUUGCUCCCUCUUGGAUUUCAUUGAUGAUGGACUGCAACAAGGAAGAGGCCAUCAGGGCCAAAGACAUUGCGGAGAAGAAGAUGCAAAAUAAAGAUUUUUCUGGUGCUCUUAGAGUUGCAGCCAAGGCCCAGCAACUAUUUCAGGAUCUGGAGAGCAUAUCUCAGAUGAUAGUGGUGUGUGAUGUGCAUUGUGCUGCCGAGAAACGAUUGUAUGGCAAUGAGAUGGAUUGGUAUGCCAUACUUAAGGUUGAUCAGACAGCUGAUGAAGCUACAAUCAAGAAGCAGUAUAGAAAAUUUGCCCUUCAACUUCACCCGGAUAAGAACAAGUUUCCUGGUGCAGAAGCUGCUUUUAAGUUGAUCGGGGAUGCACAAAGGACACUUUUGGAUCAAGGUAAAAGAUCUUCUCAUGACAUGAAACGCAAAGUUACUGUUAAUAGACCAUCUCCAGCUGCAGCAUGUCGCCCCCCACAGAACUCAAGUUGGUUUCCACAUGCAGCUGCUCAGAAUAACUUCCAUGCCAACUUUCCUGGCUUGAAUUCUCAACAGCAACGACAACAACCAACUCAAACUGGUUCCUCCAAUGGCCGGCCCACUUUCUGGACCAAGUGUCCUUACUGUACAGUUAAGUACCAGUAUUAUACAGAAAUACUUAACAGAUCUAUUCGCUGCCAAACUUGCAAGAAGAACUUCGUUGCCUAUGAUUCAGGUGCAGUUCCACCGGCAAGUAAAAUGAGUCGGCCAAAGUUUCCCCAACAAGGAGUUGCACAGAAUCAGGGUGCUUGCGGAGUUGAUCAAAGGUCUCAAAGGAGUUUCACUGUUGAGAAUGUUUUUACAGGCUUUACUCCAAAUGCACCUCAUACUACUGAGGCUAGAAAGGGAAAGGGGAAUAGUAAAAGAGGAAAGAAGCAAACUGUUGAAUCCAGUGGAAGCAGCAAUGAGUCUGAUGAGGAUAUGGUGAUUGAUGGAAAUGGUGAUGUUCUGGUUGGAAAGCAGUCUAAUUCUCAAGCAGAGCAGAAUGUGCGGAGAUCUGGUAGGCGUAAGAAGCACAUUUCAUAUAAGGUGAAUUUAAGUGAUGAGGAGGACCUUGGUAGCCUUCCAAAAAAGACUAAAACAAGUGGAUCACCCUGUGCCAAUGAAGAAACUAAAGAAAUGCCUAAUGAAGACGAGUCGAAACAGAAAAAUCGAGCUGGUGAAGUGAAAUAUCAGAAUGCAAGGGAUCAUAGAGAAGGUAAGGGUUUUAAGUCAAGCUUUUUAAAGGAAUUGAGUGACGGGGAUGAUCUUAGGAAACCUGGGAAAGCUUAUGCUGAUGGCCUUAAGGAAAAUUUAAACCCCAUUGUUGAUGAUUCUGUGUCAGAUUUGAGCCAAAAAGAAACAAAGGAGCCCCUGGUUUUUGCAUGCGCGAAUCCAGAGUUUUAUGACUUUGACAAUGAUAAGAAAGAAAGCAGUUUUUCAGUAGGUCAGAUUUGGGCUUUGUAUGAUACGUUGGAUGCCAUGCCUAGAUUCUAUGCUCGGAUCAGAAAAAUCUUCUCUUCUGGGUUCAAGCUGAAAAUAACCUGGCUAGAACCAGAUCCAGAUGAUGCAAAUGAAAUAGAAUGGGUCGGAGAAGGUUUACCGGUUUCUUGUGGUAAGUUCAAACAUGGGGCCUCUGAAAACACUGAAGAUUGUCUUAUGUUUUCCCAUUUGCUAUAUUGGGAAAAAGGAACUUGUAGAGAUACCUACAAGAUAUUUCCAAGAAAGGGAGAAACUUGGGCCCUUUUCAAGAACUGGAAUAUCAAUUGGAAGUCUGGUUCUGGCACUGACAAGAAAUAUAAAUAUGAAUUUGUUGAGAUCUUAUCUGGGGGUGUUGAAGGUGCAGGUAUACAGGUUGCUUACUUAAAUAAGGUAAAAGGCUUUGUUAGUGUAUUCUCUCGAAUGAGUAAGAAUGGAGUUGAUACAUUUGUAGUUCCGCGCAAUGAACUAUUCCGGUUUUCCCACAUGGUACCAUCCUUUGUACUGACUGGUAAAGAGAGAAAAGGGGUGCCCAAAGGUUCCUUUGAACUCGACACAGCUGCUUUGCCUGAAGAAAUUGCUGUUCCUAAGGUCUUGAAGGCGAACGGUGAUAGCAGACAUCUUAGUAGCUCUUAUUCGGCUGCUUGUGAAAUACCGAAGCCUACUGUGGGAUCUGAUGAACCUGCUCUUUCAGCUUCGGCCUCAAAAAUCUUUGAAAUCCCAGAAUCUGAAUUCUACAAUUUUGAUGCCGACAAAACCAAGGAAAAGUUUCUUGUUGGUCAGGUCUGGGCACUGUAUGGUGAUGAUGAUGGCUUACCAAAGUACUAUGGUGAGAUUAAGAACAUCGAGUCCCACCCGGUUUUCAAAAUACAUGUGACGUGGCUUCUUCCUUGCCAAUCAGAAAGAAGAACCGAGUGGUACGAUACAAGCAUGCCUACUUGUUGCGGAAGAUUUAGUAGAAAGGGUUCCCAAGUCUACACCUCCACUGACUCCUUUUCUCAUAAGUUAAAGGCAGAGUCUACCGGUACUAAGGAUGAAUUUGCCAUCUCACCUAGACAAGGUGAGAUCUGGGCAUUAUAUCGGAACUGGACUCCUCAAAUUAAAUGUUCGGACUUGGAGAACUGGUACUAUGACAUAGUGCUGGUUAUGAAGGAAAUCAAUGGGUGCAUAGAGGUUUUAAUGUUAGAACGUGUGGAUGGCUUCAAUUCUGUUUUUAGGGUUCAAGCAAAAGGAGGAUCUAAUGUUGCAGCCGAAAUCUCUUGGGUGGAUCAGCUAAGGUUUUCGCAUCAAAUUCCAUUUUUCGAGCUAACCGAAGAGAGAAAUGGCAGCCUAAGAGGUUGCUGGGAACUUGAUCCUGCAGCAUUGCCGGUACAUUAUUUUUCUUAAUUUAAGAAGUACCAACUAGUAAAGACUAGAAUUCUAAUGUUUGUCUUCAUGGAACCAACUCUGGGUGAAAGUCUGAAUUACUUAGCUGCAACUGAAAUGCUUUUCUUCGUGUUUUUGAUUCAUAUUUUCGAUGUAAAAUAUAAGUUGUUUUCAAGACUAA